AUGGCCGGGAGGAUGCUCCGCUGGUCGCUAGAGCUUGCGGAGUUCGACAUAAAGUACGAAGGGAGAAAGGCCCUCAAAGCACAGGUCCUAGCAGAUUUUGUGGCUGAAAUGGCCUUCCCCGAGACGACAAACAACAAUGCCCAAAAAUGGACCUUGUACGUGGACGGGGCAUCAAGCACAUCCGAGAGCGGGGCAGGUAUUAUCCUAGAAAAUAGGGAGGGAACUCUCAUAGAGGUGUCCCUCUCCCUCUCAUUCCCAACGUCCAACAAUAGGGCCGAAUACGAAGCCCUACUCGCCGGAUUGCGCCUUGCAAGUGAUCUAGAAGCCAAGGAAAUCGAGGUAUUCACUGACUCUCAGCUUGUCGCGUUCCACAUCUCGGGCGAGUAUCAGGUCAAAAGUGAGACCCUCGCCGAAUACUUAACCCUCGUGCGCGGAAUACUUGCCCGAUUCAAAAGCGCCAAAGUAAAACAUAUCCCGGGAGAACACAAUUCUCAAGCGAAUGUCCUGUCAAAACUAGCUAGUACAAGGAAGAAUGGGGGCAACAAAUCCUAUAUCCAGGAAAUACUACUAAAACCUAGCACCGAAUCCUCGCCCGGGCUAACGCUCGUAAACGCAAUCGGGGACACGUCCUGCUGGAUGACCACCGUAUACAACUACUUAACAAGCGACCUUCUGCCCCACGAUCCCAAAGAAGCCUCCACAAUCAGGAGGAGAGCCUGCUACUACGUAUUAAUCAAAAAUCAACUCUACAGACGAGGGUUUUCUAUACCCCUCCUCAAAUGCAUCGACGAGGGCACGAUUCCCCACAUACUCCGAGAAAUACACGAAGGAAUCAACUCCCAACACCUAGGAGGGAGAUCCCUCGCUCGGAAAGCACUCCGGGCCGGAUACUAUUGGCCCUCCAUGCAGCACGACGCCAAAGAAUACGUGAAAAAUUGCGACAAAUGCCAACGCUUUGGGGACAUGCACCUUGCGCCGCCUAACGAACUCAAGUCUCUGUCGCCCCCCUGGCUGUUUGCUUGGUGGGGCAUGCACCUCCUCGGUCCAUUUGUAACCAGGAGCAAUCAAAACAAAUACCUCAUAGUCGCAGUCGAUUACUUCACCAAAUGGAUCGAAGCCGAACCAUUGGCCAAGAUCACGUCCCUAAACGUGCUCCAUUUCUACAAAAGGAACAUCCUCGCCCGUUUCGGCGUACCUCUGGUCAUUAUCACGGACAACGGUACCCAGUUCAUCGACGGUCGCUUUCAAGAGUUCGUCACAAAAUUAGGAACCAAACAACACUUCGCGUCAGUCGAACACCCCUAG